GUCGAUAGCAAAAGACGGUGAUCAUGUGAUUGUUAAGAUCUUAAACAUGUUUAGUUAUUGUGUAUUCAAUGUUUUGUUGUUUUGUGCCAUUUCCAUUUUUGCUUCUAAAAUUGUUGAAGGAUCUCAACCGAUUUUACAGAAGACAAUAGAAGCUUUAUUCAGGGACCGAACAAACGAGAUGUACCCUGGAUCCUGUAAACUGAUUAUAGCAUCAAAGCGACAAAAUAAAAUUUGUGACAGAGACACAGGAUUAUCAAACGUUCUGAGUAUUGCUAAGGAACAAGCCAUUGUGGCCUGUGAAGAAACCUUCCAAUAUGACAGGUGGAAUUGUUCUCUCGUGUUCAAUAGAAAGGCCAAAAGGAGCAUAUUUAAUAAACUAUUCAGAGAAACCGCUUUCAUCCAUGCUCUGAUGGCAGCUUCCAUCACGCAUUCAGUAGCAAAGGCAUGCGCCUCCGGAGAUCUAUCCUCAUGUUCUUGUCCCGGAAAUUUUGGCAAAAACAAUACUUGGAAAAUGGCAGGCUGUGGAGAUGACUUCAGACACGGUAAAAGGGUCACAAAAAACUUUCUGGACUUCAAACAUGCUGGUAACGAUCAAAUUGCGGAAAUGCUAAAGCAAGAUGUGAUUGUUGGAGUCGAUUCUAUAGGAGAACAGCUAAAAGAAGUUUGCAAAUGCCACGGAUUCUCAGGGUCUUGUACUACGAAGACAUGUUGGAAGCGAUUGGGGCCAUUUAACUCCGCUAUGGGCCUUUUAAAGAAGCACUACCACCAUGCGGUGAAAAAGAAAAUCAUGAACUAUACGACGAAAAGAGCGAUAGCUCCAAAAGUGAGGAACAGAAUGAAGGUUGAAAGGAAAAACUUGUUGUAUUUGCAGAAGACCCCUAAUUUGUGUGUCAGUACUAAAGGCAGGAUAUGUAAGGAUAGACAUAACUGUGCAACAUUAUGUUGUGGUAGGGGCAUUAUUACUAAUAAGAAAACUGUUGCUUCAAGAUGCAGAUGUAGGAUGGUCAACUGCUGUUUUGUGCAAUGUGAUACUUGUGUUGAAGAGGUUGAUCAAUUUACUUGUAAGUGAGUUUCUGUGCCAUAUUAGUACUUGUUAGGUUUGUAGUGUGAGUACAGCUAUGUGCUGAGCAGAAUCUGGUGUGUAAUUUGCUUCAACGAUGGCCAGAUAAUUUUUGUAACUUAUCCAACCUGUCUAUUCUUUUAGGAAAUGCAACAGUGUGUUAUUUUUGUUCUUUAAAAUAAUUUAAUACCAUUCAUCGGAAAUCGAUACCUACACAAAGUUUGGACAAAUAUUCUUAACAAUCUCAAAGAAAAAUACUUGAGGACAUUUAUGGAAACUAGUUUUAAGGUGUAGACUCAAAACUACAAAAUUUUAAAUGAAAUUGUAAACUAUUUUUACUUAUUUAAAUAUUAAUUGCUCAUACAUUUGUUUUAAGAUAAGAUUGUAUGUGAUAUGCGGCCGAGACGAGGUGUGUCUGUGCGUUAUGGUCGGUCUAGCUGUGAUAUUAAUGGUGGGCUUUAGUUUAGCUAGGUAAGCGCUGUAAAUGCAACUAUUGCAUUUGUUGGGAAG